GCGUGUGUGAAGAGGAAGGAAGAGGCAGUCUAUAUAAAGCCAGACAGUGGGAUGGUAGCUGAGUGUUUACGAGAACUUUGUGGGAGGCCAGCAGAGGCUGAGCUGUCAAGAAAACCAAGAAGCUGCUCCUGGCGUGCACAUGCAGGUGAAAGCAUUCUGUAUUCGGUGAGCAGCGGUGUUUGAGAGAUCAUGUCGGGGUCUGGGAACAAGCUGACGCUGCGGCGUGGCCUUACCUUUGUGACGGGCCUGCUGGAGUGCCUGUGUUUUGCUGGAGCUGUGUUUGGAUGGGCUUCCCUGGUUUUCGUUCUUAAGGAGGAGGGAUACUUCAGGUCUCUGUGUGUCAAUGCCACAGGAGUCAACAGCACACACACUUUAGACUGCAGUGCACAGGAUGAGCAGUUCUCCCUUAUUUUCACCAUCGCAUCCUUCAUGAACAAUUUCCUCACACUACCCAGCGGUUUCCUCUUUGAUCGUUUCGGUACAACUGUUACUCGGCUCUCUGGAAUUUUUCUGUACACCAUGGGUACUUCGAUGGUGGCCUUCUCUUCAUCAGUUUUUGCCUACCUGCUCUUCCCUGCUCUCUCCCUCCUGGCUGUCGGCGGCAUCUUAUUUCUGAUCACAAACAUGCAGGUUGGAAAUCUGUUUGGCUCACGUCGCUCCACCAUCAUCACUUUGUACAAUGGGGCUUUUGAUUCCUCCUCAGCACUCUUCCUCAUCAUCAAGUUGUUGCACGAAUCUGGCGUCUCUCUUCGCGCCUCCUUCCUCUUUCUGUCCACCUGCAGCAUCAUUCACGUCCUCAGGACCUUCUUCCUGUUGCCCCGAAAGUUCAUUCCAUACCCGCUGCCUGAUGACUACACAUACGGGAUAACCUGCAACAAAUCAGACACCGUGAGUACAGAGGUGGUGGCAAAUGGACAUGCAACUACAGCAGAGGAAACGCUGCUCAACAAGAACGUCCCUGUGCAGAAAGAGAGGAGUUUUCGGGAGUGUCUGCUGUCCAGGUUCUUCGGCUGGCACCUGCUGUGGCUGUCGGUGAUGCAGCUCAGACAUUACCUGUUCAUUGGCACCCUCAACCCCAUGUUGCAGAGGCUGACAGCUGGAGAGUCCACAUUGGUGAGCCAGUACACCAACGCGUUCGCGAUCACCCAGCUUUGUGGGGUACUCUGUGCCCCCUGGAAUGGCCUCAUAAUGGACCGACACAAAAGCAAACCGCGCGCUGCAGGGGAGACGGAACUGGAGGUGGACCUGCGGGCCUCCGUGCUGUCUCUGUCCCUCACUGCGCUGCAGUGUGUGCUGUUCUCUGUGUGCGCCUCCACCCCGUACCUCCCCCUGCAGUACCUCACCUUCGUCCUGCAGGUGCUCAACCGCUCCUUCCUCUACGGCGGCAACGCGGCCUUCAUCAGCGUGGCUUUCCCAUCUUGCCACUUUGGGAAGCUGUAUGGUCUGGUCAUGGCUCUGUCUGCAGUCUUUUCCCUGCUACAGUAUCCCUGCUUUGCUCUGGUGAAAGGAGCUCUGGAUGGAGAUCCCUUAUAUGUGAACAUUGGCCUGACAGUGCUCAGCCUACUGGCCUUCAUCCAUCCCCUCUCUGUCUAUCUUCACUGUAGAAGAGUUGCCUCCGAGCGAGCCAAGACCAAACCUUCCACCAACAACUCUUAAAGCGCUCGAAACAAAAAGCAGUGAAUUGCUUUUAGCUGUAACCAUAGUUUGUACUCACAUGGCUGUGUCAACUCAGUGCACAGUUGGAAGACAUACUGUCAAAAUGUACAUUGAAUGUCAAAUGUGACCCAAAAUCUGAGGAGGUUGGGACUUUAUGAAAAAUCAUUCAAUAUGUUAAUAUGUGCAUCCAUUUUUGCAUUUGUCAAAAGGAAAAUUUGAUCUGUGAAACUUAGGCAACUUUAUGUUGCUAUUCCUUCAACGCUAAACACUGAAGAUACCCAAGCAAUGAAUCUCUUGGAAACACGUUUAAAAUUAUCCACACAAUCUCAAAACCCUUUGAGUGUGUUGAUGUGCCUGGAAUUCUAUAUACAUACACUUUUUUUUUAAGUUUACUUUCACUUGAAAGGUUUUGAAUUUGAUUUCAUUCCAAAAGGGACUUAUGCAGUGGCUGAAUUUUGAAUACAAUGUAAUGCUUUAAUGUAAAAAUAACCGUUUAAAAAAUACAAGAAUAUUUCCUACACCUUACCCAAACCGUUAAGGGAAUAACCAUGUUUCUGCUGCAGUAUUUCUGUAGAGGCAAAAUGAAGUGAAUGUCCUAAUAGAGUAAUUUUAGUUUUAUAGUGUAGUUUUUCCAGCACUUGUGAUCCUACCCAGAUACUGUAAUUUGGGAAGGUUAUUUAAAAGUUGUUACUUUUAUCCUUGUACUUUAAUUCUUGGGAGUUUCAUGCAACAUCUGAAAAUACAAGCCACUUUAAAUAUUUUAAUCAUAAAGGGAAUAAAGAAUCAAAGUGCAGCUAUUUAGAGAAUUCCUGGUUAGUUUCAAAAUGACACUUUGAACCAGAAUUUAGGGAAUCCUUCAUUUCACACAGCUGCCACCUGUAACCACAGCAAACCAGUUUCAUUCUUUGUCAAGUUGAAUGUUUACAGGAUUACGUUUUCCUAAAUCAGUGUUUUGAUUAAUGUAACUAGGAAUACAACUUCCUAAAGACAUGCAAUUAAAAGUUACAAUUGUCCAACACUACAGUUCAUGUACUUUAUGGACUCAAGUUCAAACUCCUAUUAUGCCAGAACGUCCUUGUUCAUAGUACCUAGCAGAUGGCAUUUAGUUCCCUAAAAGGUCAAAAGGCUUAACUUGCAAAGGCGUUGUGAAUCAAAUCACCGAUAUUUCUGUAAGUUUGUGAAAUUACUCAAGACUGCAAGUUAAAGUUAAGAAAAACCAGGCUGUAGUUUGCCAAAAAGAA